AUGGUCACUUAUUGCACAUUGUGCUACCGAAAAGAUGAAGACAUUCAAAUGAACCCGUUCUUUAAACCGUUCUUCGAAGGACAGAGUUUAUUACAGAUAUUAAAUUCAGUAUCUUCUCUAAAGAUAGAAGAAACUGAUUCUACUUCAAGUAACAUUUGUCAAGACUGCACUCACGUUAUCAUAAACUUCCAGCGUUUAAUCAAAACCUACAAAGACAGAGAAUCCAGCCAUAAUUCCGUUAUAAAUAUCAACAAAAAGGAAGACGAAUUUUUCUUAGACGAACAAGAUUACGAUAAUUACGUAGAAUGUCAAGCAGAGUCGUUCGAUGAAUUGGACGAAUCAGCUGGUAUUCCCGUUAAACUCGUAUCCCAAUGGAAAGAAGAAUACUCAGAAGCACCUUCGGACAUCAAAAUAAAACCAAACAAAGUGUACGACGAGUUCGGUAACGAGGAAAUAAUCUCGCGUAAAUACACUUGCGAUGAAUGCGGGGAUUCCUUUCUGUACAAAGUCGGGUUCAGUUCCCACAUGGUCCAAAAACACAGCACUUACAUAGACAACCAAGAUUACGAACAAUACAGUACGGAAAUCACAGUGAAAAUACCACCGGCUUCGAUCGAGACAAAGUUUUCCAGAAAACAACUACCUAAGAGGGCUAGUGCAACAAACAAAACGUUAUCCUGCCAUAUAUGUAAAAAGGAAUUAGUCUCAAUCGACGAGCUCAAGGAGCACCAGAAAAGCCACAAAACCCACGUGUGUGAACAUUGCGGUGCGGCUUUCACGAAAAACUCCUACCUCAGAGACCACUUGUUAGUGCACACUUCAGUGAAAAGGUACUCUUGCAACGUUUGCGGUAAAAAAUUCAAAUACAGAAACGGCCUCGCCGUGCACCGGAACAUCCACGUGAAUUUCCGCGGGUUCAUGUGCGACACCUGCGGACAGGGCUUCAAUGCUAAGAGCACCUUAAAGACCCACAUGAAGUUGAAACACAGCGACGAAAGGAACUGGCUGUGUCCGGAGUGUCCUCUUACCUUUAAGGUGAAGUCCUGGUUAGACAAGCAUUAUUCGAGGAAGCACACUUUAAAUAGGACUAAAGAUUUCGUGUGCAGCAUGUGCGGUAUCGCUUAUUUGAAUAAAACUACUCUAACUAGGCAUAUAUCGGAGAAACAUACGGGAACGCCGGUCAGACAUUUUUGUACGGUGUGUGAGAAGAGUUAUAGCAUGAAAACCAAAUUGAACAUUCACAUGCAAAAAAAGCACAAUAUUAUUCUUAACAACAGUUCUUCGCAGUUGUUGUUAUAA